AUGGGGCCCAACGUUGAGUCAUUAUCUUUCGAGGAUUUGCGACGUAGUGCCAUUUAUUUCGAGAGCAGGCAAAUGCGUAGGAUGGCUGGGAAGGAGAAGCGGAAGGACCCGAUUAUCUCGAAGCAGGGAGUAUCGUCUGUUUCACGAGGAGAAAAUUCUAAGAGCGGUUCGAAUCCAGCGCGAUUUAAUGGUAUUUGCAGUCGAUGUCAACAACCGGGUCAUACGUGGAAGUUUUGUCAAGCUGCACGGCCAGCUGGUAUGAACCGUCGUUGUGGCAUUUGUGGCUUGGGGCAUCUAACGAAGAAUUGCCGAUUAGGCGCUAGAGCUGCAACGUGUAAACGCUGCGGCAAGA